AUGGCCCCUGAGAUGGUGGAAGUCUUCAUGGACCAGGCCACGUUCUACGAUAAGCAUUGUGACCUAGGGAGCCUGGGCAUGGUCCUCUACAUCAUGCUGAGUGGCUACCUGCCCUUCCUGGGUCACUGCGGGGCCACCUGCUGGGAGCGGGGUGAGGUCUGCAGGUUGUGCCAGAAAAAGCUGUUUGAAAGCGUCCAGGAAGGCAAGUAUGAACUUCCUGACAAGGACUGGGCACACAUCUCCAGUGAGGACAAAUGCCUCAUCUCCAAGCUCCUGGGACGAGAUGCGAAGCAGAGACUUAGCGCUGCCCAAGUUCUU